GUUUAUUUUUUUAAUAAAAUGGUUUUUAAAUUCGUCGAAUAAGAAAAACAACUCUCAUUCAAGAGAAUUGAUUGUUACAAGAUAAGUAAGCGGAAUUUAACUGAUUAUCUGGUGUAAUUUUUACAAAACGGAUCAAAAAAAAAUAUUGUUGGGAAUUCUUAAGUAAAUUUAAAUAAUUAAGUGUAAAUAAUUGUUAGGUAUAAGGAAGCAACAUUUAGAAAAUAAAUAACCAAUAUGAAGAUUUUAAUGCGUGCUGACACUCAUGUGUCAUUUAGUGUACCAGUUGAAGAACCAAAAGCUAAAAGCACAAUAUCACAGGUAAUAGCUGCUUUAUCAGUAUCCUUAGGUUCUAUGGUAGUUGGAUUUGCUUCUGCAUACACAUCACCAGCUUUAGUUUCUAUGUUAGAUAGAAGUGUAACAUCUUUUGAUGUCACACUGCAACAGGCAUCAUGGAUUGGUGGAUUAAUGCCUUUAGCUGGUCUGGCAGGUGGAAUUGCAGGUGGACCAUUAAUAGAAUAUUUUGGUCGGAAAACAACAAUUUUAGGGACAGCAGUUCCAUUUAUAGUUUCUUGGUUACUUAUUGCAUGUGCUGUUAAUGUUUAUAUGGUGUUUUCUGGACGUAUUUUAGCUGGUUUUUGUGUUGGUAUUGCUUCACUUUCAUUACCUGUAUAUUUAGGAGAAACAGUUCAGCCAGAAGUCCGUGGUACUUUAGGCUUGUUACCGACUGCAUUUGGUAACAUUGGUAUUUUAAUAUGUUUUAUCGCUGGAACUUAUUUGAAUUGGUCCUACUUGGCAUUUUUGGGUGGAGCUUUACCUAUUCCAUUUUUAAUAUUAAUGUUUGUGAUACCAGAAACACCAAGAUGGUAUAUAGAUCAAGGUAGAGAGGAUAGAGCAAGAAAAGCUUUGUAUUGGUUAAGAGAUAAAAAAACGGAUAUCGAACCAGAAUUAAAAAGUAUUAUUCGAUCUAAUGAGGAUGCUGAAAGAAGUUCCAGUUCUAAUGCAUGUUCGCAAUUAUUAAAAAGAAAAAAUUUAAAACCACUUUUAAUAUCACUUGGUCUAAUGUUUUUCCAACAAUUGAGUGGAAUAAAUGCAGUUAUUUUUUAUACUGUUCAAAUUUUUAAAGAUGCAGGUUCAACAAUCGAUGAAAAUUUAUGUACAAUAAUUGUAGGUUGCGUAAACUUUGUUGCAACAUUUAUUGCUACUAUUUUUAUUGAUAGACUAGGAAGAAAGAUUUUAUUAUAUGUUUCGGAUAUUGCAAUGAUAGUCACCCUUUUUACUCUUGGUACAUAUUUUUAUUGCAAAGAACUGGAUUUCGAUUUAUCAAAUUUUGGUUGGAUUCCUUUAGCAAGUUUUGUGAUAUUUGUAUUAGGAUUUUCUUUAGGUUUCGGGCCUAUUCCGUGGUUAAUGAUGGGAGAGAUUUUACCAGCGAAAAUUCGUGGUCCUGCAGCUAGUGUUGCAACUGCAUUCAAUUGGGCUUGCACUUUUAUAGUUACAAAAACUUUCCAAGAUUUAAUUGAUUUGAUUGGUACCUAUGGGGCAUUUUGGUUGUUUGGAGCAAUUUGUGUAGUAGGCUUUUUCUUUAUAAUAAAUUGGGUACCAGAAACUCAAGGCAAGUCAUUGGAAGAUAUUGAAAGAAAAUUAGUUGGCCGAGUCAGAAGAAUGUCGUCUGUUGCGAAUAUGAAACCUCUAGCAUUUAAUAUGUAAAAAAAUUAACUAAUUAACCAAAUUUCUAUUCUAUUUUUCUUAAAAAAUUAUUUUUAGUUCAUUUGUAUGUAAGUUUUAGAAAUUUUAUUUAUGUAUAAUUAUUAAUAAAAAAAGUAAAAUUAGAAA